GGAAGGUGGGAAUAGCAGGUAUGGAGGGUUCUUCCGGGUAUACACCAACUGGGAAGGAGUUCCUAUGAAUCUGGAAAUUGGGGCGGCAUUAGUCGGCAGCUGAGGAAGGAACCGUCCGUUCAAACCCAACAAUAAGAAAACCCGUCUCAUUCAUCUUCUCUUCUUCCUUUUCUCUUCAACUUCUUCAAUACAACUCUUUCGCUCGAUGCAAUUUUGGUAAAUUUUGGUCUCCGUCUCUGCACCCUUCACUUCUGCACAUACAUUGAUGCAAUUUUGGUCUUUGAUACAGCCAUUAACUUCGUUUUACUUGCUUCAAGCAUUUUCGUUCUUUCCAAAAUCUCUUUUCUCGUUGAAAUAAUGCCGUCACGUCGAUUCGGGCGACCAGCGAUGGUCGUUGCUACACUUAUUGCAUUUUCAGUUCUCACACUUGUAUUCAUUGGAGAGGGGUUGAAAGCAUUUGUCCAUAGGGAUGGUGUUAGCUUGGGAAAAAGAGAUAUUACUUUCGGUCUGAAUUGGCAGUAAGGAUCUCUCAUUCCUAUCUUUUGCUCGAGCUAACAAUACUCCAUAGAACAACGAUCUUUACACCGUCCACUGGAAGAAGUGAGAUAUCGGCAUUGAAUUAUUGCUCGCCUGACCCAUUGAACACUCCAAUACCUCUCAUCAUCAACGACAUACAAUCCGAAAAUGUAGCUGCGGAGAAGGGAUCUACCACAGUUUCUGCCAUUCUUGCCCAAGGAACCAAUACAGUCUCAUUUGCCGUUCAAGGAAGAUCUGAUAUGGUUUCAGUUAUCUUGGCGAAUAUCAACAGCUUAGUGACACACCCUACUGGUGUUAGUAACACUGCUCGUGAUGCCACAGGACUACUUGCUAUUGCCAUGGCGAAGUCUAAACCAAGUAUCCCAAGCAUGGCUAUAUCGUCAACCGCCACACCUACUGAUCUUCAUUCUCUUGCUGCUUUCGAAUUGUUGAGGAAAGCAGUUGCAUAUAACUCUCACCACGAUCCUCACGGCGAGUCUUGUGAUUGUUCGGCAUGCGUCUCUUCCAUACCAAUAACAAUAGCGCCUCCUCUUCCAACACAUGAGUUGAUGGCCAGAGCUUUCUUGGCUAGAGCCGAAACUGUUACCGUUACUGUCUCGUAUGUAACUGUACUCAUAUGAUUAUAUGCUCUCAUUCUAACUUUUUCUAAGGGCAUGCCCAGACUCGGCGUCAACGCCGUCAAAUUCGACGGGAUCAGGUCCCCAGAGUCCUGCAUCGGCUCCCGAAAGUCCGAACUCAACAUCAUCAGGACCCCAAAGUCCCUCAUCUGCAUCAAACUCGACAUCUUCAGGACCCAAGAACCCCGCAUCAGAGAACCCAAAUGCAACGUCGCCUUCUAGACCAAACCCUCCUUUCUCUAAUGGUACAGAAACUGGUUCUGGAGGAGCGCCUGCCGGCUCGGGAUCUGCUGGUUCAAGCAGUGGUGGUUCAGGUGCUGGUGGUUCAAACGCUGGUGGUUCAAACGCUGGUGGUUCAAACGCUGGUGGUUCAGGUUCCGGUGGUUCAGGUUCUGGUGGUUCAGGUUCUGGUGGUUCAGGUUCUGGUGGUUCAGGUUCUGGUGGUUCAGGUUCUGGUGGUUCAAACGCUGGUGGUUCAGGUUCCGGUGGUUCAGGUUCUGGUGGUUCAAACGCUGGUGGUUCAGGUUCCGGUGGUUCAGGUUCCGGUGGUUCAAACUCUGGUGGUUCAGGCGCAGGUAGUGCUGCAUCUGCGUCAGGGGCUGUGGCUAGUGCUGCUUCAUUAUUCUCAGGCAACUCUACACAGUAAGUCAUCCAUGCUUAGUAUGAUGAUGCAAAGACUAAUACAAAAUCAGGCCAACUGGUAACGCUCAACCAAGCAAUAAUGCAAACAAACCUUCAAGCACCAGCAAAUCUAAGCCGGCCGAAAACACCCCUCCUGUAUCAUCUUCCAGCAUCAGUCCACCGAUUGCCAGUCAAGCAUCUGCCGCGUCAAGUGGUAUCGACAAAAGCAUCUUUACACUCAUCACUCCAGCUCUUUCAAAUGUUUUCUACAUAUUCUCGACAAUUGCGCCUGUCGCUGGCAUGGUUAUCAUGGGUCAAAUAUGGCUUCUAUGAUUGCAGUUGAACGAUUCCGACAGCGCUCUAAUCAAAUGGCGCAUGGAUAUCUUAUCUCAUAAGUGUUUAUAAUAGGAAUUAAUCAAUACAUGACUCUUGUAUUUAUAGUGAUAGUGGUAUUAUCCACAAGGUAUUGUGAUGAUAAAUGGAUUUUUUGGAACAAAGUAAUGGUAGUUUAUGAUUAAUAGUUCAUGAUUAAUAGAUGAAAAGAAGGUUGAGGAUAGAUGUUAUUCUUGAUAAUUGAAUACUUGAGUGAUAAGAUGAUGUAAAAGGAGAUGUUGAUGUGUACUGUUUGUGACUCGACUUA